AUGCUGGACCCACAGCAUAACGUGCUCAUUCGUCUCCUACGCAGCUACGCCGACUUCCAGAUCUCUGACGGUACCGGUGGAGAUGCUGAGGCACAGGCCAACGCUGUUUUCGUCGAUCCCUUCGCCGGCAUUGACCUUUCCACUGUCGAUGCUGCCACCGUUUCGACGAUGACCACCAUGCGCAAGGCAGCGGAGAGUGCGGAGACGGAUGACUUCAACCCUCAGAUCGAUGCUGCCUCCGGCGACGCAGCCGACGCUCUCCAGGUCGGCAAGAUCAAGAACAAGGUGCUGAAGCUCACCGGCGAGGUGCAGGUCCUGAACAUCAAGAUCGCACAGGCGCAAGCUACAGGCGAUGAUACGUCAGAUUUGGAGAGCCAACUUGCGGACGAGCAGACGAAGCUGACAACCAACAUUGCCACCGACACCGACAACGCUGGAAAGACAUCACAAGGUGUUGCGUAAACGUCUGCGGUGGUUUGUUGCCUUCAUCUGUUACACCUUUUUUGUGUUUGACACCCGCUCGGAAUACAUUUGGAUUUGGGAUGAAACAAAUUUGCUAGUGUGAUAAGUCGAAGGCAGUCCUUGUCAUGACUAUGAAAGUCAGGAGCAACAUAUCCACCGC